GGCACAACGAUGUAGCCCUGAAAGGCAGCCUGUAGAAGGCAGUUAAACACCUCAGUGGUCGGAUUCCAGAGCAUGGGCUAAAAGCUAUGAUCCUCUCUCGUGUUGAGAGUCCUUGUUUUCUGCUUUUUCUGUUUGUUUUCCAAGCGAUAUUUAUCCUGAUACUCUACCGAGGAGCACCUUCAAAUGUGUUCCGCGGGUUUUUAGACUCGAAACAGGUUUUGGACUACUCCAAAACUCAUGAUGUGUAUACCAACCUCAGCUUGUUCACCCAAGCUCCUAAUGAAGAGACGAUGCCGUACUGCUCAGCGCAGUCACCGAUAUUUGUUGGUCCAUUAACCAUCACUUUCAGGGUGCUUCCUAGUGAAAGAAUGAUCAUCAAGAAAAAUCCUUUUGUUCAGUCUGGUGGCCGCUACAGACCACCUCACUGCUUGGCUCGCUACAAAUCAGCCAUCCUUGUAGCCUAUAGGAAUCAGGAGAAGUACCUUCACCAUCUUCUCUACUAUAUCCAUCCUUUUUUGCAGCGCCAGCAGCUCAGUUACAGUAUCUACUUGAUUCAGCAGGUGGGGAAUGGCACGUUUAACAGAGCAAAACUGCUUAAUGUUGGUGUCCGGGAAGCCCUGAAGGAUGAAGACUGGGACUGCCUUCUCCUGCAUGAUGUCAAUCUAGUGCCUGAGAAUGAUUACAACCUCUAUGUUUGUGAUGAGUACUAUCCCAAGCACAUGGCCAGUGCCAUGGAUAAGUUCCAGUACACUCUGCCAUAUAAGUCUUUUUUUGGGGGUGUAUCUGCUCUGACUCCAGACCACUACAUGAAGAUGAAUGGUUUUCCAAACACAUACUGGGGCAGCAGUGGUGAAAAUGAUGACAUUGCUACAAGAAUUCAGUUAGCAGGAAUGAAAAUAGUCCGGACAUCACCUCACCUGGGACGCUAUAAAGUGAUGGACUAUAAUGAAGAGACAGAGACAGAAGAUCCUUGGAGAAGGCCUACUCCCCGCCAUAACACCAGGAAAACAUGGAAAGAUGAUGGAAUGAAUUCAUUAGAAUUCAAGCUCCUUUCCAGGAGAAAGCAUCGUCUUUAUACCAACAUCACUGUCGACAUUGGAUACGUUCCCCCAUUUUCUUGAGAGAAUUAAAACAAAAGCAGAGUUCAGUCUCAGCAGGACAAUGUGUGUUGUUCAGCCUCUGCCUCCUGCUGUGGAGUCUGCACCACCUGACACCACUUCUUUUGUUGUUCAUGCAUUUCACUUUUCUGACAGUUUAAGAGUGGGAAGAAAAGGCUUCAGUUCUAGGGUGACAGCUAAUAAACAGACUGUGACUUACUCUGACAGUGUCAGAGCACUGUACAACCAACUACUGAGGUAGCCCUUAAAGGAUGAAAGUCUCCUUGGCAGUAAGUGACCUAGGUUUUCUGGGAGAUUCGCUCCACAGCUGGAUAACUUUGUCCAUUGGGAUGCAAGCCAUGCUGUCAGAUGGGCCUCUCAAAGGCUGUGUUUUGAGAAAAUGUUGAAGCCAUUUACACUUCUGUA